UACGCCCUUGCGUAUAACAAUGGACAUGGAAUACGCCAACAUCAAUGAAUUUAAUGACCGCGACCUAGCGACACGCAUGCGCAACAGCAAUUAUGAAAAAUACAAGUCUCUGGUGCGCAUGCACCUCUCCUUCGAGCUGGAACUAAACACCGACGAGUUCGACAUGCCGUGCCAUGAAAUCGUCUACGAAGAUAAGGGCAAGAUAAAGAAGUGGAAUCGCCUCUCCAAGAAGAAUCGCGGGCCUGCCACAGGCUGCACGGCUGGGGCAGGCAGUAAGUCGGCGGGCAACAGUCCCACUGAAACGCUGCAGCAACAAAUUGAUGCAGGCUUUCUGAUGCAACUGGAGGAGCUCAAAGAGUUUCUUAUGCUGGAGAAGAAUCUCUCCCAGGAGGGACUAUUUCGCAAGACAGGAGCCGUUUCCAGGCAGAACGAACUACGAAUGCACAUACAGCACGACCAGCCCUUGGAUUUGGAACUGACAGGAUUCUCGGCUCACGACUGUGCCACUGUUUUUAAGAGCUUUCUGGCCGAGCUGCCAGAGCCUUUGCUUACAGACGCCCACUAUCGAGCACAUCUUCAGAUAGCGCCGCUUAGCCAGGCAUUAAUGGGGGGUCAGGUGGCGGCUACCGCAGAGCGCCAACAACAUCUCAACUCGGUGCAGCUGCUCCUUCUCCUGCUCCCCGAAGAGCAUCGCGAGUUACUGCAGCACAUUAUUAAAAUGCUCCAUUCGGUGGCAGCGCGUGAGGAGAGCAACAAGAUGUCCGCGGAGAAUUUGGCCAUCUUGUUUACACCGCACCUGAUUUGCCCCAGGCAAAUGCCGCCUGAGGCGCUCCACUAUACGGCGAAGAAGAUGUCCAGCAUUGUGUCCUACAUGAUUCAGCAGGGUCUGGAAAUCUUCGAAGUUCCCGGAAAGCAAGCCACCGAUAUUCGGGCGUACUUUCUUGAGCGCAAACGCAAAAAAACCAUGUCACCGGAGCAAACCCUUGAAGAAUCCAUCUCGGACGACUCGACGGUCAACACGGUGUACACUUUUGUAGAUCGUGCCGCCACGGCAGCGGCAAACAACAGCAAUUACACGGACACUGCACUGGCGCAGCUGUACGCGCACAUUCAGAGCCUUCCGGAGUCCUCCAAGAAGCGUCGCCUCAUCAAGCAGUUUAACAAGCAAAACGGACAAGGCACACCGCUGCAGGUCAUCGCGAGGAGCUCCAGCGUGCCAUAAGGGAGCAUCACGAGAAGCAUGAUGCCAAAAUGAUGCGCGCCAUGGAGGAGGCAGAGCCUAUGCCAUAAAUGCGGCUAAACUGAAACUGUAAACACUUUUGUAUGCGACGUAAUAAAGACUUGAAUGUACCCAAAGCACUAA